AUAAUAUGUAGACCCCAACAUAUGGGUCGGCAAAAGUACAUUUGGCCGAAAAAAGAAAGGCGUAUGAAAACUACAUAAGGAGGAGGGAGGGAAGAGAAAGCCAUGGAAGAAACGACGUCGUUGUUCGAGAGGAGAGAGGGGCGGCACAGAGGAGCUCACAGAGCUGUGGCGGCGACGGUGGCGGCGGGGAUAUGCCUGAUCUGGUGGUACAGAGCGGCGGAGAUGCCGGCGGAGGAGGGAGGACGACGGCGGUGGGCCUGGAUCGGAAUCUUCUUCUCCGAGCUCCUCUUUGGGUUCUAUUGGAUUAUCACUCAGUCCCUCCGCUGGCGACUCACUUACAACUUCCCCUUCAUGGAUAACCUCUCUAUAAGGUACAACGACGACCAAUUACCCAAUGUCGAUGUAUUCGUCUGCACAGCCGACCCCAUUAUCGAACCGCCGAUCAUGGUCAUCAGCACCGUCUUGUCCGCCAUGGCCUACGAUUACCCAACUGAGAAAUUGGCCAUUUAUCUCUCCGACGACGGCGGCUCUGAGCUCACAUUCUAUGCUCUUAUCGAAGCUUCAAAUUUCUCGAAGCAUUGGUUGCCGUUCUGUAGAAAGUUCAUGGUCGAGCCUAGGUCUCCGGAGGCCUACUUCUAUCUCGAUUCUGCGCAACAUCAUCGUUCUCAAGAGUGGGUCGCCAUGAAGAAACUGUAUGAUGAAAUGAAGGAGAGAAUUAACUCUGUGGUCGAAAUGGGGAAGGUUCCCAAGGAGAUUAGGGAUCAUAAUAAAGGUUUCUCUGAGUGGGAUUGUGGUGUAACGAAGCAAAAUCAUCAAUCCAUUGUCAAGAUAAUAGUUGACGGGAAAAAUGAUGAUGCUGUGGACGUUGAUGGAUAUGUACUGCCAAAAUUAGUCUAUAUGUCACGUGAAAAGAGACCUCGGCAUCCCCACCAUUUUAAAGCUGGAGCUAUGAAUGCAUUGAUUAGAGUAUCCUCAGAGAUAAGCAAUGCUCCCUUCAUCCUCAACUUAGAUUGUGACAUGUACUCAAAUAAUCCAGACACAAUAAAGGAGUCACUAUGUUUUUUCCUUGAUCGAAAGAAAAGCCAUGACAUUGCAUUUGUGCAAUUCCCACAAGAUUACAACAAUGUCACAAAGAACAAGAUAUAUGGCAUUCCAGAUAAAGUUAGUAAUGAGAUUGAUCUAGUUGCUCUCGAUGGCUAUGGUGCUGCCUUGUAUUGUGGAACUGGAUGUUUCCAUCGAAGGGAAACUCUCUGUGGGAAGAAGUACAGCAAAGAUGUUAGUGGAUCAGUACACUUGGAUGUGCAAACCAAGAAGGAAGUUGCAAAAACUGUUUAUGAAUUGGAAGAAGCAUGUAAGCUUCUUGUUGACUGCAACUUUGAGAAUGGCUCUCAAUGGGGAAAGGAGAUGGGAUUGAUAUAUGGGUGUCCAGUUGAAGAUAUUGUUACUGGGUUAACAAUACAAUGCAGAGGUUGGAGAUCAGUUUACUAUAAUCCAAAGAAACGAGCUUUUUUGGGUGUUGCUCCGAUUAGCUUGGAUGUAGCACUAGUUCAAUUUAAGAGGUGGUCUGAAGGCAUGUUUCAAAUAUUUUUGUCCAAGUAUUGCCCCUUCAUAUAUGCACAUGGGAAGAUCAAAUUUGGAGCCCAAAUGGGAUAUUGUGUAUAUCUUUUAUGGGCUCCACUUUCGAUACCAAUGCUGUAUUAUGCCACUGUUCCUGCAAUUUGUCUGCUUCAAGGGAUUCCCCUAUUCCCAGAGGUUAAAAGCUUAUGGGCCAUACCCUUUGCAUACGUCUUUGUAACCCAUAACUGUUGGAGCAUAGCUGAGGCCAUAACUUGUGGCAGCACACUCAAGGCUUGGUGGAACUUACAAAGAAUGUUACUUUUCAGAAGGACCACUGCGUUCUUCUUCGCCUUCAUCGACACAAUCAUCAAGCAACUUGGGCUUUCUCAGACCAAAUUUGCUGUGACGGCCAAAGUUGCAGCUGAGGAUGUUUCAAAGAGAUAUGAACAAGAGAUCCUAGAGUUUGGGAGUUCAGCCAUCAUGCCCACCAUCAUAGCAACACUUGCCAUGCUGAACCUGUUUGGUUUGUUGUUGGGAAUUAUUAAGAAUGUUGCUGCUUUGGAUUUGGGGCUGUUUUACAAAGGUUUGAACAGGUUCUUUUUGCAAACUGUUGUUUGUGGGCUGAUUGUUUUGGCUAACUUGCCCACAUAUGAAGCCCUCUUCAUUCGUAGGGACAAGGGGCGUUUGCCUCCCUCAGUUUUGUUUAAGUCUGUUUCUUUGGCUCUAUUGGCUUCUGUAAUGGUAUACUAACCUUGGAAUUUUCGACUUGCUUCGUUUGAUUUGAGGUUUAGUUCAAUAUUCCUAAGAAUAAGAUGUCUGAGGAUAAGGUGCUUGAGAAUAA